CUGGCAGAAGCAAAGUCACGCGCACGCAAAUACACACGUUCGUAUCAAACAGUUCAAAUGUAGUUUUACAGCACCAGUAAAGUUGCAGCUGAUGACAUAAAACAGCACCAGGGACGCAAAAUUGUCGCGAAACUAGGUACCUCUACAACGUACUUUACGGCUUACAGCUGUCCUUGUAGCGAUGUCCCUUACAUAUGCAUCCUUCUAAAGUCUGCUGGUAACAGGUGGGCAGGUGGACCAUGGCUUCUCUCUUUUUAAAGUAUUCUGCGCUUGCACAGAAGUAUCGUGUGCAGCUGCUUGUUGCAAGCUGUGGCAGUGUGUUUGCAGCCAACUUGUUCUACCAUGUGUUUCCUGACAACACGUACAGGAAGCUGUACCAGGCAUGGACUAAAGGAGAGCCAGCAAACCUCUCAGACAAGCUGGAUAAUGUCUUCCAGCAGGUGCUGAAGGACUAUAAUGUCAGCUUCCCGGACGGCUAUAGCGCCUUUGCCUCUUUCGGCUUCCAACCAGUUGGGGCAGGUGUGCCAUGGCUGCCCGCUGGUGCCCAGAUUGGCAUUCCUGCCAACUUCAACAGCACGCAGGACGACCCUGCAGGAAUCACUAAUCGUACCAUUUUCAUAAACGGAAAAGAGGUGGAGUGGGAUAGUGACAUUGGCACCACAUUGAAGGAUGCGCUUGUAUUCUCCCCCGAUGCCCAGAAGUUUGCUAUGGCGCGCGAGGUGGCCCGUCUUGAAUCAGGGGGGCCAGUCAUGAAUGCAGUGGUAGCUCCAACUUGCCUGGCAGGAGUGUGGAUAUAUAGUGUGACCCUUAAGCAGAUCUUUGCUCUGCACACAGGCCCAGCUGUCUUCAGGGGUAUGGUCAAUCUGGUGGCACUGAGCCUGGGUGCUGUUUCAUACUAUCUCACCACUGAUGCCUUCACCCAGUGGCUGGACUACAGAUGUGAUCGCUGUGCUGCACGCCUGUCCCGGGACUAUGCCAAAGGAGGGGUGGAGUUCUAUGACAAGAUCCUGAUCAGGAACAAGACACUCCGCUCGCUGAUGGGCCAAAAAGGGGCAGAUAUGUAUUCCCCCAGUGGGAACCUGUUCCCAGCCAACCUGCUGAAACUGAGGCAUGCCCCAUACACCUCCAGGAGAGAUGGCAUCAUGAACCUGCUAAAGGAGGAGAAGGCAUAAGCAGAUAAGGAAUUUGACUGAAGACUGACUGAAAAUUGAAUCAAUUAGGUAUUUAAGGUGAGGGAGCUUCAACCACAUGCAACAUAGUCUAACUAUUGACACAGGAAGUUAGAUACAUCAAGUUGCUUCUUUUUGUCUAAUACUGGUUAUCAUAUGUGUGGGUUAAAUAUGCUGCCUAAACCUGCACUUUUGUGUUGCUGUGUAUAUGUACUAGUGAAAGACAUUAAAAAUGCUUUCUUAA